CUUCUUUUUCUCAUUAGUCAUCUCCUCGUUGGCACAUCGGCCUCUUGAACCAGCAUCGGCGUCAGUGCACUCUACACAGAUUAGGGGGGUGAGAAUGGAGGAGGAACGUGAGGAGGAGAAGAAGACAUUUAGAGAACUGGGGGUGCGCGAAGAAUUGGCGGUCGCUUGCGAUAAAUUGGGUUGGAGAAACGCCUCCAAGAUACAGGCUGAAGCCAUCCCUCAUGCACUUGAUGGUAAGGACCUGAUCGGACUUGCGCAAACGGGCUCGGGUAAAACUGGAGCUUUUGCUCUUCCCAUAUUGCAAGCCCUUUUAGAUUCUCCUCAAGCAUUCUUUGCUUGUGUGCUGUCUCCAACAAGAGAGCUUGCAAUUCAGAUUGGCGAGCAGUUUGAAGCUUUAGGGUCUGAAAUUGGCGUUAGGUGUGCAGUGCUUGUUGGAGGGGUGGACAUAGUGCAACAAUCUCUUAACCUUGCAAAGCGGCCACACAUCAUUGUUUGUACACCUGGACGCCUAAUGGAUCACUUAAACAACACAAAGGGUUUUUCUCUUCGCACAUUGAAGUAUCUGGUUCUGGAUGAGGCAGACAGGUUGCUAAACGAGGAAUUUGAGAAAUCACUUGAUGAAAUUCUGAAUGUUAUCCCUCGUGAUCGUAAAACAUAUUUAUUUUCUGCUACUAUGACAAAAAAGGUCCGGAAGCUCCAAAGGGCUUGUCUAAGGAAUCCUGUAAAGAUUGAGGCAGCAUCCAAGUAUUCAACAGUUGACACUCUAAAACAGGAGUAUCGCUUUUUGCCUGCUAAACAUAAGGAUUGCUAUCUUGUUUAUAUUCUUACUGCACGUCCCGAUUCCACAUCAAUGGUAUUCACCCGUACAUGCGAUGCAACCCGCUUUCUGGCUUUGGUUCUUUCAAAUCUUGGCUUUAAGGCUAUCCCAAUUAGCGGUCAUAUGAGCCAGGCAAAAAGACUAGGAGCUUUAAAUCUGUUCAAGUCUGGACAGUAUAAUAUACUUGUGUGUACUGAUGUGGCAAGUAGGGGGCUGGAUAUCCCAUCUGUAGAUAUGGUCAUUAAUUACGAUAUCCCCACAAACUCCAAGGAUUAUAUACAUCGCGUGGGAAGAACUGCUCGGGCUGGUCGAUCUGGGGUUGCAAUCUCCCUUGUGAAUCAAUACGAAUUGGAGUGGUUUUUGCAGAUUGAGAAGCUCAUUGAGAAAAAGCUACCCGAGUAUCCUGUUGAAGAAGAGGAAGUCUUGAUACUGUCGGAGCGUGUAGCAGAUGCCAAAAGAAUAGCGCAAGGGAAAAUCAAAGAUGGUGUUUUUGGCAAGAAGAGGAAGAAGGGAGAUGAAGACUAUUUGCAGGAAGACGUUGAGAAGUAUUUUGGCAUCAAGGAUAAGAAGUUCUCAAAGAAGCCGAAAAGACGAUAAGUAAUUUUUUUAUCAAUCAGCAACUUUUGCUCAGAAAAUCUUCAAGCUUUCUUUUCCCCCAACAGACAGACAAUCGGCGGUGCGAAGGCUUGUUGAGGGAAGUUGAGCAUUUUAAUGAUGAGUGGUGUUAGACAAUAUUGUCAAAUUUUUGUAGUUAGCUCUUUUAGUGAUGAUUGAUAAGUCAAUAGUUAUUUUCUUUACUCAACGAUUUUUGUUGUUGUUGUUGUUGGAAAUAUCAUUUGUACCCAACGGGAGUCAAUACUAUGACUAUCUUACACUUACACAGGACUGAAAUGUUUUUAUUUUUAGGGUGACCGAAAUGGUAUUUCGGUUGUCUUUUUAUAUAAUUAAAUAA